AUGUCGAUUGCGUUGUUUGUUGAUAGUUCUUCUGUGGCGAAACUCUGGGAGCUUGAUAUUAUUGGGAUAACCGAUCCUGUAGAAAAAUUGACACGAGAGGUGGCGGCCAAGGAGGCUAAGAAUUUUUUCUAUGAGACUAUCCGAUGUGACAACGAAGAUAAUUUAGUUGUCGCUAGAAGAAGGUUAGAUACUACUUUAAAUAAGUUGGAAAAGUCCAAUUUGUUUGAAUCGUAUAAUUUAAUAUUCAAUGAGUGGUUGAACAAGGGUGUGAUCGAAAUAGUAAAUAAUCCCGAAGAGAAUAAUUGUGUGCACUAUUUGCCUCACAGGCCCGUUAUUAAAAAUACUAGCGAAACCACGAAAAUUAGGCCAGUCUUUGAUGCAUCAUCUCAUGAACAGGGUCGUCCUUCUUUGAACCAGUGUUUAGAGGUAGGGCCUAAUCUUAUUGACCUUAUUCCUUCUGUGUUAUUACGGUUCAGACAACAAAAAAUAGGUGUGUCGGAUAUUCGAAAGGCUUUUCUUCAAAUUUCUGUAUAUUCGAAGGACAGAGAUUUUUUGAGGUUCCUAUGGGUAAACAAUGAAGGAAAGGAAUUUGUAUUUCGACAUAGGAGAGUUGUUUUUGGAGUCAACUGUAGCCCAUUUCUUCUGGGUGCUACUAUAGAAUUUCAUUUAAUAAAGGCGCUGGAGAAAUGUUGUAAUGAUAUGCCGUACUCUAAAAAUACAAUUGAAAGGCUUAUGAUUUGGUUCUAUGUAGAUAAUUGUGUGACUAGUGUUACCGAUGAGAAUGAGUUGAGAAAGUUCGUAUCAGAAGCAACUGCCAUCAUGGAGGAAGCUAAGAUGGAUUUGAGAGGGUGGGAGUCUUCUGACAAUCCAGCAAAAAAGCGUCACGAGGAGAAAGCACUUUCAAAAAUAACACUUUCUCUGGAUAAGAGUACAUAUCCUCAUGUAAUGGAAUGCAAAACAGCUGUAGAGACAUGGCUUGCACUUGAAAAAGCAUUUGAGGAUAAAGGUCUUCAUCGUCGCUUCGUUACUACGAAAUUUAUGUUCAAUUAA